UGUCUGUCUGUCUGUCUGUCUGUCUGUCUGUCUGUUUGUAUGUAUGUAUGUAUGUAUGUAUGUAUGUAUCGCAGUGUCCUUCAGUGUCCUAUAAAAAUAAAUAUUGAUGUGGAAUUAACAAGUCACCAAAACAAAACAAGAAUAAAACGAUUCUGAACAGAAUUUAAACGGUACAGAAUUGUCUUCCAAAAUUUGAGAAAAGAUAAAGAAUUACCGAAAACGCUGCUACCGUCAACGGUUGAUCUUAAGGACGCGAUUCAUUUCAAAGAGUUACAUAAAGAAUAAGUCAAGUUUACGUGGAACUUAUUUUGGUUUCCUAAAAUUAAACCACUGUCAUUAAUAUCUGCAAAUAUUUUCACAAGUUGGUUGGAAUUAAGUCAACUCUGAGUUGCAGAGAUUAAGAGCAAAUUAAUCCAGGAGAACUUAUAUUUUCAAAGUGAUCUUUAGACUCGAUGUAAUGGUGAUUCCAUUAUUUACAGGAAAAAAAAAUCUUAAACAAAUCAGAGCUUGAAUGUGUCUGGUUAUUUGUUGAGUAAAAAAGAAAAAAACAGGGGCCAUUUGCCUGUGAACUUAGCGGUAUCAAUUUUGUUUUAUAUUUUAAUCCGUGGAAAAUAAUAAGUUUAGAAUAAGCGAAAGAUAUAGAUUGAACUAAGGAAAAACAUAAAGAAAAAAAUGAAAGAAUUGCUGGCGAUUUUGAUGAUUUUUGCGAAAUAAUGAAAGGAAUCUGAUGUGUUUACUACAUUCAUUAUGGAAUUGCAGUGUACACGACUGAAGUCAGUUGUUAUUCAAAAUAGUCAUACCAAACCUGAAAAGCAGAAGCCGCCUAAAAGGACCAACCGCCAUCAAUCCAAGAGCGAUUACACUGCUUCCAAACGCCGAGAUUCUAGUACUCCAUCACGUGAACAAACUCAUACCUGGCACCGAAGCUUUGUUCCUCGAUCUUCGGACAACCAAUGUUAUCCAAGAAAGAAGAAUUAUCAGAAUUUGUCAAAGAGCAAGAAUAGCCGUGGGUCAAAGCAUUCGGAAGAGGAGCGACGCAGUAAUUAUCCCAGCACCAGCCAUGAUUAUGAGUCUUCCAAAAGUACAGAAUCUAUCCAAGACAGUCCACAGAAGCGACAAGCCUCCACGAAAAAACCAUCAUUUCACGAAUCCCGAAGCAGGGAAAGAGAGAACUUUACUUCAUAUAACUCUCCCGCCUGGGAGUGGAACCAUACGAUCGAUGGUUAUCCUACUUACCAGCAGAACUUUUGUGAUUACGAUAAAAACUUGUGGCCCAAUGAAUACCCGGUGCCGAAUGUGGAAUUUUACCUUCCGUUGAAUUACGACCAGAGUCAGAACCCUUCUAUGCCACCGCAAUCCACACAUGAAACGACCAGCUGUUAUUUCCCCAACCAACCUCUCAGUUUACCGGAAGAGCCGCAUUAUGCAAUACGUGAACCCUCCGAUGAGGUGUUUAACGAUGGAUUUUACAACUAUGAUUUUCCUUACAGCUUUUUAAACUUUCGUGACAACAAGAGCUGGAUAAACCCACCAAUAGAGAAUAAGGUGGUACCGUGUACAGGUUUCUCUAACUUUCCGGUCAACAGCUUCUUCAAUCCGCCAGGAGGAUUUCUGCAAGACAGCACUUCAGGCAUGAAUUUUCACUCUGAUUCUGUCCAUUAUAUGUUUCCACAAGUCCCACAGUUCUGUGACAGCUACAUUCCAGUCAGACAACACAUUAUACCAUCGAUUCCAAAAAGCACAAAGAAAGCCACCAAAGACAAUUCGAACGAAUUCGACGAGGCUUUGAAACGGAUUAUGAUGGAGCAAUUCUCCUUGUUUACAAACUUCACCCCACAAUUUAGCACCUGGUGUUUGGAAUGCUGUGGUUGGGACUAUGGUAAAGCGGCUGACAGUUUCAUCUACAAUAGUGUGAGUAGACAUCUUCAGUUCGUUCAUCUACAAUAGUCACAUUGUGAAACGAAUUCCUUACAUGGCUUACAACGCAUAAGAAAACAGACGAAGAAAGAAAAAAAAACCAAAACGGCCUGAAUAUUGUUGUUAUUGUUAUUGUUGUUGUCAAUGUGUCUCAAGUUUAGAUAAUGAGCUUACACAAUAAGCUCAUUAUUAUUAUCAUCAUUAUAAUAAUAAGAUCGUCACCAUUGCUGCAAUAACUGUGGGACACAUGCAGCUAUUAGAUGACGUAACAACAUUGGAGUAUACGGGAACAAAUUUCGGAUUUUGUUUAUUGAAGCAGUUUUAGUUUUUGGUGAAGAGGAGAAAACAAUAGUCAUUGGAUAUAUUUCAUUUAUACACUAAAAUCUUAACACGUUU